GCGCAGACGUUUUCCAACACUUCAUAUUUGCGUUUUAUUUUUGCUUGCCAAAUGUUUUGUUUCCCGGCACAAAAAUGUCCAAUUCCGUAAAUAUAUCGGUGGAAACCACAUGCGAGAACCAGAUCCGUGAGAUUGGCUACGAUGGCACCGAGUUGUAUCAACCACCGCCCACCUUGUCCGAAAGUCUGGCGAAAUGCGCGGCUCGAAUUGACUUCAGCAAGACGUCGCUGGACGACCUGAAGAAGGAGGAGAAGACGGCGGCGGCGGCCACCGAGGAUGACAAGGACGCCACCCAGUUCCAGGAGAGCCUGUGGCCAUGGGACGCGGUGCGCAACAAGCUGAAGGAUGCCCUCACCGAGAUCUGUGUGCUGUCCGAUGUGAUUUCUGUGGCCAAGGAUAAGCGCUACCUGGUGCUGGAUCCCUUGCUGGAGGAAGCAGACGACACCAAGCCCAUUGUGCAAGUCUACAGCCGCAAGAAGGCCAUAUCGCAGGCGGCACAGGUGCUUCUCGGCGGAGCUGAACGCUUGAGGAAUGCCCACAGUGAGCAGCGUAGCCGAAAUGUCUCGGAUUUCCACAUAGAACUACUGCGUCUGCGACAGAACUGGCGUUUGAAAAAGGUGUCCAACGCUAUCAUAGGGGAUCUCAGCUAUCGCACCGCGGGCUCCAAGUUUGGGAUGAGCGGCACCUUUGAGGUGACCAAAGCGGAGGAGGCCGGCGAUGAAGACACCCCCAGCUCCUCCAACAACAGCAGCAGCAGCACAUCCGGAAACAAUGGCAUGCAACAGAAAGCUAGCUCCGCUCUGAGGGUGAUUGUCCCAGCGGAGCUACAGGGUGUGGCCUACAUCAAGGUGAUCACGCAGAAGGAUCAGGAGGACCUUUGUACCGCCCAGGUUAAUCUAAUGGGCCACGGACCCAACAUAACCGCACAGGUGGGCGUGUGGCAAAAGACCUUGGAGUUUGCCCAAAAUGUGCUUUUCUGCAAGGAGCUGUUUGCUCAGUUGGCUCGCGAAGCCAUCCAGCUCCAGGCACCCAUUCCACAUGUGGUCAUUGGCAACCAGAUUCGAGCCACCCUGCUGCCCAAUAUCCAGCUGAUCAUCUCAUUGUGCCACUCGACCACCUUCGAUUCCAGCCAGCCGGCACCAAUCAACGAUCAUGACCAUGUGCUGGAACACUCGCUGCAUCAGCUGCUGCGCGAGGUGCACUACAAGAACUCCCAUCACCCGUUCCCUCAUCCGGCCAGUGCUCCAUUGGGACCAACGAAAAAACGCAUGCUGGCCGGGCCCAUGGCUGCGGAUCGGGAGACGCUCUUGGAUAUGACCAAGUCCCAGACUAUUCUCGAGCAGAUCAUCGCCCAGGCGCAGCACAUAUUUAUGCGCAAGCGGACGCAGUAUGUCCUCGACACGCUGGCUAGGGACGUAAAGGACCCACAGAUUGUGUCGCAUUGGAACGCUAUGAACAGCCCGACCAUGUCAUGUGUGAAGAUCAACAUUGUGACGCACGGGUACGACGCCAUUGGACGCACCUCGCUGGUGAUCCAUGUCAAGGAGCGCUCUCUAAAGUGCAUUUGUCGAGAUGGGCGAGUGAUGCGACUCUCCUAUGAGCCGCAGGAGUUGCGCGACCUCAUUCUCUGCCAGAUCAACUCACACCAGAUCUCCUGCCUGAUCAGCUUGGCCCGAUGCAUGGCCUGGACGGUGCUCUCGAAUAGCAAUCACUUGGGCAUCGGAAAGGUGGAGCCGCUGGGCAAUGCCAGCUCUUGUCUGCUGGCCUCACCCAAUAGCGAUCGCAUGAUUGCCGUUCAGAUCCGCUGCGAUCCACAGAUAGAUGUUAAGGUCUAUAUAGCCAGAAGUCCACGCCAGGACUUCUUCCCCAGUCCACUGGUACCGGAGAAAUUGUGGGAAAAUCUGGGCGGCAAUUUUAAAGAGGUGCGGUUCGACAAAAUCGAGGGCAAGAGCUUCCUCAAUAAAAUGGAAUUUCUGAUGGCUUCAUUGACCAGCAACUCAGCUUAGAAAGCUCUACACGCAUCCACUAGUGAAUAAAUCGAUUUAUAACUCUG